AUGUGUGUUUUCAGUCCCAUUACUGCUUUGCCACAGCUAUAUAUGCUUGGAACACCAGUUCAUGAAGGUGAUGAAAAUGCUCAACUUUCUGUGAAUGAGGAAAUAGCAUACUCAAGUAAAAAGGAUUAUUUAUUAUCGUGGUUGAACGAUGUGAAAAAAUUGUUUGCUGAAAAAUCGCUACCAGUUGAUCGUAUGUAUCGACGAGAAAGAGCAAGAAAAAUGGCUCGAAAUAAAUAUCAGACUUUAGGAUAUGCUAUGCCAUUGCCUAAGCUUCGGAAACGAAUGAAAUAUGAUUUUUUAUACAAUCGAUCAGAUUAUUAA